AUGCCAGCAGGCGAUACACAUCGGAACGAGGCCAUGUCGCACCCGCGUCCUAAGCACCGUAUCAGGCACACCAAGUCCCGUAAUGGUUGCUACACAUGUAAGCAGCGUCGCGUCAAAUGUGACGAGGAACUGCCAAUGUGUGGUGCAUGCUUGGUUCGGGGCGAAGACUGCGUCUACCCCAGCCCAGGAGGCACACGGGACCAGAGACCAAGGCAGCGGCCCAUCUCUCGCGAGAGACCAUCAGCCGAAAGUAUUCAUUAUCAGGCGCGCAAUUAUACGCAAGAAGUAUCUUUUCACCCCUUGAAUUUCAAUGUGGCAGCUCCGGAGGAGCCACAAAAUGUCGGGUCUAGUCUGAAUAUGAGUGAUCUCAAUCUACAUCAACACUUCAUCUUGCACACCUCCAAAAAGAUGACUCUUCACAAGAUCAAGACCGUGGUCUGGGAACGCAUUAUUCUUGAUCUGGCUGGAGCUAACGAGUUCCUGAUGCACCUUGUCUUGGCCCUGGCUGGUCUGGACAUUCUAAUCACUGGGCAACAUAUUCAGGCAAUUUCUGAUGACCAUUCCAUCUCCUGGAGCCCUCAACUUCAUUCAAUUAUGGAACAUCAUCAGCAAGGACUUUCGGGGCUGCAGAAAGCUCUUUGCGCCACCGCUUGGCCCAAUGCAGAAGCCUUGCUAGCGGGCUCCAUGCUGGUAGUGGGUUUUGCAUUUGCUUCCCUUGGAAUCAAAGAUCUAGAUCCGCCAAUGGGUACCUUUCAGCAAACCCCGCCGCAGAUACAAUGGCUUCACCUUGUUCGUGGCGUUACAUCUAUCUUAACUCAAUUCUGGUCGACUUUGAGAAGAUGCCGCCUCAGGUCGCUACUUUUCUUCAACAAUGCCAACGACGAUUGGAAACUUUGUGAAACAGAAUUGCGCUCAGGUGUGGCUCAUAACCAAAUAACUCAAUCAAAGAGACUUCGAAAGUUUGCCACGGGGGCUAAUCACGCCUUGUCGGAUUUACGAGACCUAUGCGCAAGCCUGCGUCAGUCUUGGAACUUUGAAGAAGGCAGUGACGGCUCACCAAUGUUAAAUACCACCCCCCGAUCUGAACAAAGUGGAUCUGACGGGGCCAGAAUGUCCCUUGGCACAUGCGAGCAAGUUAUCGAUGUGAUAGAAGACCUCUACAUGAGAAUCCUCUACAUUCUACAAAUGGAACCACUCAAUCGCCAGUCGCCAACAUCGUCAUCAGAUCUGGAGAUCCAGGUCGACCUCGAAGAUGCAGCCAUUUCAGCGUGGCCUCAUCAUCUACCUGAAGAAUUCAUCUCGCUCCUGGACUCGCAUGGCAAUGUCGAUCCACUGCUAGAGGGUGUGAGCCUGACGAUCCUUGCGCAUCUCUACUCGACUAUAGCUAUUCUGGAGGAUAUCUGGUACCUUGGUAAGACAUGCGACGCUGAAAUUUACAAGAUUAAUACUUUGGUUCAUGGCCUGGGGGAUGAAAGGCUUAUUCAUUUGAUGGAAUGGCCCGUUAGUAUCAUAACACGACAAGGUAUAUGA